ACCAGAAAAACAUAAAAUGAUUGAACGUUUCGUAACCACUAGCAAUUGAGUCGAAUAUUUCCAAAGAUGAAGAUCGUCGAAGGUGUUUCGUUGGUGGUCUUGGCCAUUUUGGUGGCAGGACCAAGAGCCGGCAGUGGCAAGCGGCUGAAACCAUUUCCAGGUUUUGAGAGAAAUCAAGCUGGCCGUGUGGUGGGUGGCAGUACCGCCGAGGAUGGUUUGGCCCCCUAUCAGGUGUCACUGCAGACCGAGUGGGGUCAUUUUUGUGGUGGAGCCAUUAUUGACAAGGACUGGGUUUUAACUGCAGCCCAUUGUGUCAUCAACAAAUAUAAGGAAGAUAUUUUGAUAAUGACAGGAAGUCAGAAUUUGGAAAAGCCUGGUCCCCUCUACCAUGUGGAUCAGGUACAUUGGCACUGCAACUACGACAGGCCAAGCAUGCACAACGAUAUUGCCAUAUUGCAUGUCAACACCAGUAUUGUGUUCAAUGAAAAGACGCAAGCCGUGCCUCUACCCACCAAACCCAUGGAAGAUGGCGCCGAUGUGUUGUUAACCGGUUGGGGUUCCGAGUACUUAUGGGGUGAUUCACCGGAUCUUUUGAAAAAGGUCAACUUGAAAUACAUGGAACACAGUCGCUGCAGGGAGGCCAUGAAUGAUGAUCCAGAUGUCGAUGUUGGCCAUAUGUGUACCUUUACCAAAGCCGGAGAGGGUUCAUGUCAUGGUGACUCGGGAGGUCCUUUGGUCAGUGAUGGUUAUUUGGUGGGUCUGGUCAACUGGGGUAUGCCCUGUGCCAUUGGUUUCCCGGAUAUGCAUGCAAGUCCUUUGUUUUAUCACGAUUGGAUUCGCACAAAAAUGAGCGGUAAUUCGAGGUGUUGAGAUAUGUAUGUGUGUAUGUUUGUAAAUAUAUAAAUGUAUAUUAAGUUAAUAAGGAUAUGUGAUUUAUGUGAACAAACUGAUAUGAUGUAAAUAAAUUUUU